AUGGGCCAUCAAUGGCAAUGCUUAAUCGCAUUUUUGUGUCUCGGAAUUGCCCUUACUUCGUCGGCUAGUCGUAGAGAGGAGCUCGAAAGGGCUGCGGAACUUGCAGUGGAAAAAGCAGCCGAGAGGGCGGCCGAAAGGGCAGUGGAAAAAGCCCUCGACAGUGGAAAUACGACGACGGAGUCGAAAAUCGUCCGCGAGUUUUAUUCUAACGUUAGAAAAGAUCCGCGCAAAGAGAAAAAAGACUACGACGGUUACAACGAUAGACACGAGCCGGUGGAUGAUGAAUUGGCGUCAGAAGAAGACGUCGAAGAAUGGAACACAUAUUCCCGAGGCGCGAGACUUACCCCUCGAGAUGCGGGAGACAGAGAUUUUCGCGCAUGGCCUGUUAAGAUCGAUUUCGAGAGUAAAUCAGACACUUGGAGAAGAUUUCCGAGAAGCGAUUGGUCCCACGAGGACAUUAGUUGGGAUAAACCGAAGGAGAAGAUUGUGACCCUCGAGAGGAAGGUGCCGGUACCAGUGACGAUCGAAAAGAAGAUUCCGUAUGCGAUUUAUAAACAUAUUCCGUAUGAGAUUAAAGUACCCGUACCGCAGCCGUACACGGUGGAAAGGCGAGUGCCUUAUCCGGUGAACGUCUUUAUCAACGUGCCGGUCGAUUCACCGGAACCUUAUCACAUCGAGAAGCGAGUUCCUUACGCGGUGAAGGUCGACAAUCCCGUGCCGUACAAGGUCGAGGUGCCGGUGCCGCAGCCGUAUACGAUCGAGAAAAGAAUUCCGGUCGAAGUAAAGGUGCCGGUGCCGCAGCCGUACACCGUCGACAAGCCAGUACCCUACGAAGUCAAAGUGCCGGUGAAGGUGCCGACCCCGUACGAGGUCGAGAAGAAGGUGGCGAUACCGGUGAAGGUCGCUGUCGACCGACCGUAUCCCGUACCAGUGCCGAAACCGUAUCCGGUGGAGGUGGCCAAACUCUACCCGGUGGAAGUGCCUAAACCGUAUCCGGUAAAAAUCAAAGUACCGGUGGAAAAACCGUAUCCGGUGCCGGUGGAGAGGCCGGUUCCGAUACCUGUCAAAGUGCCGGAUCCUCAACCGUAUGUUGUGGAGAAACCUGUACCGAUAGAGGUGGUGAAACCCUAUUCUGUUCCAAUUAAAGUACCCCGAGACAAGCCUUACGAAGUGUACCAGACCAAGCCGAUACUCGUCCCGGUAAAGAAGCCCUUCCCCUACGUUGUCGAAGUUCCAGCUCCCGUCGAGCUUGGUUGGAAGAAUCAAGGUAAUAUCAAGGCCAAGGAAGAUCUGGUAGUAAGUGAAAGCGCGAGGAUUAGUGUCAAUAAAUGGCACCGACCACAACACUUAAUUGAAUCGUAA